AUGUCAAAGUUCUCCCUCCAAGGUCGAACAGCACUAGUCACUGGAGGCGCUCGAGGAUGCGGACUAGCAUUUGCUCGAGGUCUAGCAGAGGCAGGCGCAGCUGUAGCUAUCUUUGAUGUGAUUUCACCCGAUGAAGGAUUUCAAUCGAUUGAAAAAGAGUAUAAUGUGAAAACAGCAUACUAUAAAGUGGACAUCUCAUCACAAGAAUCGCUCGAAUCUGGCUUCGAACAAUUCCAAAAAGAUUUCAAUAACGCGCUCGAUAUCUGUGUUCCUUGCGCUGGGAUUAACCGCCAUCUACCGUUCCUCGAGUUCACCUACAAAGAUCACCAAGAUUUACUCUCUAUCAACGUGCUCGGACUAUACUUUACCGCGCAGUUGGCCGCGAAGCAGAUGAUCGCGAAUGGUACUCAGCAUGGAAGCAUUAUUCUGGUGUCUAGCAUGGCUAGUCUUAUUGCCAUACGCAGUCAAUUGUGCAGCGCAUACUGUGGAACCAAAGGCGCAGUCCGAUCGAUGUGUCCAGCGAUCGCAAAAGAGCUCGCUGAAUACGUCAGUACCCAAAUGCUCAACCCAAGAGAGCAGAAAACUGAUUCCCUGCAGAAAAUUCGAGUAAAUUCAAUUUCUCCUGGCUAUGUACGAACCGAAAUGACUGCCUCUUUCCCCCAUCUUCUCGAAAACUGGAAAUCCGAAACAAUGAACGGACGGAUCGCCGAGCCGGAGGAUAUAAUGGGGGCAUGCGUUUUUCUAGCUAGUGACGCGAGUGCAUACAUGACGGGACAGGACAUUGUUGUAGAUGGGGGAGUAACCCGAUGUGUUGCUGGUGCGGUGGACGCCACUACCACCGUUGUGGUGGUUGGGGCAGGUCCAUCCGGUUUGAUGCUCGCAUGCAAUCUUGCUCGAUUUGGAAUUGAAGUUCUUAUUCUCGAUGACCGACCGGAUAAAACCUCCACAGGGAAGGCAGAUGGCAUGCAGCCAAAGACAAUUGAGACUUUCAAGCAGAUGCGACUGGCCGAGCCAUUGUUGAAGAAUGCGGCUCGAGUGUAUGAUAUUUCAUUCUGGCAAUCCACAGUAAAUGAGCCUCUCCGUCGAACCGGUCGCCAAACUCACUACCCCGAGCAUCUUGUCGGAGCCUCCGAUCCUUAUAUCCUCCUCGCACACCAAGGCAUGAUCGAGGAAAUUUUGAUUGACGAUAUGGAAGCGAGAGGUGUUUUCGUGACGCGAAACGCACGAUUCUCAUCUUGCUCUCGGGUAGCCGGGACGGGCCAGCUGGAUAUUGUCUAUGAAGACUUAUCAACGAAUUCAACAAAGACUGUUCGUGCGGAGUAUCUGGCUGGAUGUGAUGGCGCGCGAUCGAAGGUCCGGAACUUUAUUCCUGAUGCUGAACUUGAGGGUGAAAUGACCAAUGCCUCAUGGGGUGUUUUAGAUGGAGUUAUUGAGACUGAUUUUCCAGAUCUUUGGAGCAAAGUUGCAGUCCGAUCCCAUUUGGCUGGAUCGAUUCUUUGGAUCCCUCGAGAACGGAAUAUGACACGACUAUACGUUGAGCUCAGUGCGACAGACGGUGAAAGAGUGGAUAAGUCCAAGGCAACACCUGAUUAUGUUAUGCAGCGAGCCAGAGACGCGAUGCAUCCUUUCAACCUUGAAUGGAAGAGUGUGGAAUGGUUUGGCAAUUACGUGGUAGGACAGCGAGUUGCAAAGCAUUUCAUGGAUCCAGAGGCAAGGAUCUUCAUUGCUGGUGAUGCCGGUCAUUGUCACUCCGCUUUAGCAGCUCAGGGUGCCAAUACAAGCAUGCACGAUAGCUUCAAUUUGGCAUGGAAGCUUAAUCUUGUGAGCCGCGACUUGGCCCAGCCAUCUCUGUUAGCCACAUACGAAGAGGAAAGAAGAAAGAUCGCGAAUGAUCUAAUAGACUUCGACACAGAGCAUUGCAAAGCCUUUGAGCAGGGAGAAACAGCUCUCGCCAAGAAUUUUGACGACAAUAUUCGAUUCAUUUCGGGAGUUGGAGCAGAGUACUCCACAGGUCUUCUAAGCCGCAAAGAGACCGACACCCAUACGCGCCUACAACCAGGCGAGUUGCAGCUUCCAGCCAAGGUGACCAGAUACAUUGAUGCAAAUCCAGUGGAUAUCCAGCUUGAUAUUCCUUUGCUUAGCCAAUUCCGAAUCUACUUUUUCGUACCAGACGUUCGAGCCUCCUUGGAAUUUCUGGGAACGCUAUGUGAAGGUCUGGCUGAAAUUAGCACGCUUGGGGCAAAGAAAUCAUACAUCAAGAAGCCAAGAGGUCAAGCUCUAGCAGACGACUUUAUCACACCCAGCAGAUAUACCACAGUGUCCGAGCUGUGUACUUACGCGAUGGUCACUCGAUCUGCCAGAUCUGAUUUUGAGAUUGCCGAUCUACCGCAGCUGUUGCAAGACAGUCGGUGGACAUUAUAUCUAGACGAUGUAGAUACCUCAUAUUGUACAGCGAAAUGGUUUGGAGAGCUACGAAGUGACCAAGCUGGAGUUGCCAUUAUACGGCCGGAUGGCUACUGCGGAGGAAUCCGAAAUUGGGGAUUGGACGCUGCAGGUCCAGCCGGGCAGUGGAUAGAAGAGUAUUUCUCAUUUAUGAAGUAA